GUUUGGCGGUUGCUGAAGCGUUUCCGGUCGGCGCGGGGGAUUGUGGGGGACGGUUGGGAGCUGCUGGUUCGCGCCGGGGGCUGUGGAGAGCGAGUCGCCAUGUCUCACACAAUUCUGCUUGUUCAGCCUACCAAGAGGCCAGAAGGCAGAACAUAUGCUGAUUAUGAAUCGGUGAACGAGUGCAUGGAAGGGGUCUGUAAAAUGUAUGAAGAGCAUCUGAAGAGAAUGAAUCCCAACAGCCCAUCUAUUACAUAUGACAUCAGCCAAUUGUUUGACUUCAUUGAUGAUCUGGCAGACCUCAGCUGUCUUGUGUACCGCGCUGACACUCAGACAUAUCAACCCUACAAUAAAGACUGGAUUAAGGAGAAGAUCUACGUCCUCCUCCGCAGGCAGGCCCAACAAGCCAGCAAAUAAUGGGGUGCCUUUGUUGCAGGGUUUGGGGUGGGGGGUUUGGACAACAGGUGUGUACAGUGUAGUAAUGGGAGUUUUGUAUUAUAGUCAUCCUGUUGCCAUCUUGUUAAAACUCUAGCCAGGACUGAAUACAUCGUUAGAGAUUCAAGGGUUUUCUUCAGUUUGAGACCUUUUCUCAGUGUAAAUGAAGAAAGAAGUGUGACACCUUUAGCAGAGAUUUCACUUAGUUACUCUCUGGUUAGCUAAUGAUCCUACUUUGUUUAAACCUCUAGGGCUGUUGAUACCUGCUUCACACAUUGACUGUAUGUGCCCUUCUCUGGCGUUUCCAGCAUUAUUGGUUACAUCCUUGAGAGCGAGUCUUAGUAGAGAAUGAAAUAAAUAUCCUUUAGUUAAA